GCAAAGCUGCUGAUAAGAGGAGUGUAAAGAGGGCUUGGUUCACGGCAAGGGGGUAGUGGUCUACUCUGCUGGCAACAUGCUGCGCUUCCUGGUGUUUGCCUCGUUGGUCCUUCAUGGACACAGCACCCAGGACAUUCUGGAAACCAACGCCCGGGUAGUUGGAGGGAACGAGGCCCAGAAGAAUUCUUGGCCCUCUCAGAUUUCCCUCCAGUACCUGUCUGGAGGUAGCUGGUAUCACACCUGUGGAGGGACCCUCAUCCAACAGAAAUGGGUGGUGACAGCUGCUCACUGCGUGGACAGCCAACUGACCUUCCGUGUGGUGGUUGGAGACCACAACCUGAGCCAGAACGACGGCACAGAGCAGUACGUGAGUGUGCAGAAGAUCGUGGUGCAUCCAAGCUGGAACAGCGAUAACAUGGCUGCUGGGUAUGACAUCGCCCUGCUGCGUCUGGCCCAGAGGGUCACCCUCAACAGCUACGUCCAGCUGGGUGUUCUGUUACAGGCGGGAACCAUCCUGCCUAACGACACUCCCUGCUACAUCACAGGCUGGGGCAGGACCAAGACUAAUGGGCAGCUGGCCCAGACCCUGCAGGAGGCUUACCUGCCCUCCGUGGACUAUUCCACCUACUCCAGUGCCUCCUACUGGGGCUCCACUAUGAAGAACACCAUGGUGUGUGCUGGAGGAGACGGAGUUCGCUCUGGAUGCCAGGGUGAUUCUGCGGGCCCCCUCCAUUGCUUGCUGAAUGGCCAGUAUGCUGUCCAUGGAGUGACCAGCUUUGUGUCCAGCCUGGGCUGUAAUGUUGCCAAGAAGCCCACAGUCUUCACCCGAAUCUCUGCUUACAUCUCUUGGAUAAAUAAUGUCAUUGCCAACAACUGAACAUUUUCCUGAGUCUGACGGCCUUCUCAAGAUGAUUCUUAAAUCCACAGCAGGACUUGAGGCCAUCAAGGAAAAAACGUUCUAAGAGACUAUUGAGCCACAUACAGAAAAGCAAAUUAAA